AUGGCAAACCCCUUCUUCGCAACGUCUAGUGUCUCCGUUCUCUACCGAACUGGGGACGGCUCCUGCAGUGGGCUACCGCGAAAGAUGUCGUCGUCAAUAAAUCCACGCUGCCGGACAUCUUCGCUCAAACGUGGAGGCGGAGACGGCGCGGAGAUGGUACGAUGGGAUGGGAUCAUCAUUGGUAACGGAGCCAGCAGAGAGAACGUCAUCCGAUCCGACUCCGCUACUCUUCGAUCCUUCAUGCUUCCACGGGCUCAGGCCCGAGUUCCUCGACUGCAACAACAUCCUCAGCGAUUGGCUAUCAGCGGACUACGACGCGGACCAAGUGACGACAGCCAGCGAGGACGAAGAAUAUUGCUACUGCAGCUGCACCGCGGUCCGCAACAGCUCUACCUCGCUCCAAAGACUAAAGCCUCGUCCCAGCUGCUGGUCGAGUCCUUAAAACGGCGCCUACUUUCUGCCCGGUCGAGCUUCUGUCGCGAAUCACUCAGCUUCAGAAUUGAGCCCGAUCGACUGCUGUUGUGUGAUUACUGGAUGGAUCAGCUUUGA